AUGCCUUCAGAGCCAACUCCGCCCAUCCCGUUUCUUCCUCCCUUUUUUCCUUUCCCAUUCCUCUCCUCCUCUCACCCCCUCUCCCCUCUCCCUCGUUCUCCCUCCUUCCCCCCUUCCGCAACCGCAGCGCGCGCGCAGACGUACCGCGUGAGCUCCAAUCCCGCGCUGGCGGAGCUGAAGCUGGCGCACCUCAACCGCUUCUUCCGCAGCCUCACCGUGGCUUAUAACGAGUCGGAGGAGUGGUGGGAGCCGGACCUCUCGGUCGACUGGCGAUGGGACGACCGGCUCAAACCUGUGCUCGGGCUGCGCACCGAGGGGGCUUGCAAGGCGUCAUGGGCAAUAACGGCCGUGACAGCAACGGAGAUGGCGUACGCGAUAGUGGCCUCCGCGUUUCCCGCUCUGCCGUGCGCGGCGCGCGUGUCGGUGCAGCAGGUGCUGGACUGCGAGCCGAGCAACAGCAGCUGCACUGGGGGCGGGUGGCCGACAUCGGCGCUCGAUUAUAUGGUGGAUGCGACCCAGGCGAACGGGGGACUGGCGACGGAAACCGCUUACCCGUACACUCAGAAACAGGGCGUUUGCAAUGCGACCAGGUCCAAGAAGCUGCUGAGAGAGAGCACGCCCAAGGCCAUCGGGGUGAUCGGGUACGACCAGGUGGACUUCUUUGGCUGGCUGGGACUCACACUCGCCGUGCAGACGCAGCCCACCAUUGCGUUUGUGAGAGGCAGCCAUCCCACCUUCCUGUCCUACCGCAAGGGGACUUACGAGGACCGAGCGUGUGCGGGGGGCGUGGUGGAUCACAGCGUGGUGGUGGUGGGGUAUGAGAUGGAUAACUACGACACUCUACCCUACUGGAUCGUCCGCAACUCAUGGGGGCCCACGUGGGGCGAGAAGGGAUACAUGCGCAUGGCUAUGAUAGGAGGCAUUGGUAUCUGUGGCAUUCACUCCGUGCCGGCCAUCUACCCCGUAAUUAAGACACCCUCCCCCUGCAACGACCAGAUCAACCCAUGCGGGUGGGGGGACUGUGCGGCCAGCACUGACCCCUCUGGCCCGCCCUACGUGUGCUCCUGUGCGGACGGCUUUGUGCCCGUUACCAACAACGACGGCACCCCCACCUGCGCUCUAGAUGACGUGUGCUCGUGGUUUGAGGGUGGCAACCCCUGUGGAGUGGGCUCGUGUCUGAGCGACAGCGCAGGCGGCUACCUCUGCCUCUGCCCGCCAGGAUUCAAGCGCGGCCAGCGUGCAGGCGGCACUGAGCUAUGCGUGCCCACCGCCGAGCGUCCGCGCAACAUCUCGUACCCCAUGGACGUGGACUGCGAGCUGGUGUAUCAGAUCUACGGGCUGGACGAGGAGCAGUUCCUCGCUCAGAACCCCAACCUGGAGAACGAUGAGGGCUGGUGCGACACAAUAUGGGCCAACACAGUCGUCAACGUCACCCUGCCACCCUCUGCUGUCAUCUGCGGCCUCUUCUACUCCUGGUCCCCUAACGACACGUGUGCAGAUGUGGCAAGCGGCUUUAACCUCACAGUCUCAGACCUGCAAGAUCUAAACCCGGGCGUGAACUGCUCUGUGAAGACAAAGCUCCCCGCAGCCAACCAGCAGGUGUGCGUGCAGGAGGGUGACGGGGCAGACUUCCCCAUGUGCACGCAGUUCUACACGGUGCUCCCAAGCAACAGCUGUGACUCCAUCAUGGCGCGCUUCAAGCUCUCCCAGCUCUCCUUCUACGCGCUCAACCCCGGCCUCAGCUGCGCCGCUCUCUUCCCGUACCUCAGCGGCCCGGAUGAGAACGGCGGCGACCAGCAGGGGGGGGAUACACUCAGCGGCACGCAGACUGCUCUCUCCCCGCCCCUCUCCCCUCCUCCGCACCUCUCCUCUCCCCCACACCUCUCCCCUCCCUCGCCCCUCUCCCAUCCCCCGCACCUCUCUCUUCUGCCGCACCUCUCCCAUCCCCCACUCUACUCCCCUCCGCUGCCCCUUUUCAUCCCCUGCCAAAUCGCCUCCCCUCCCCCAGGCUACGCCUGUAGCGCGGUUCCCAGCUUUGCGCUGCUACAGCCGAGGCAUCUGAACCGCGUGUCGAGAUAUGCGAGCAUGGGGUAUGACGGCGGGUGUGACUGCUGGAGUGUCGACCUGAACGUGGACUGGCGCGACCUGGGGGGCGUGCAAGGCGUGCGCAACGAGGGGGCUUGCAAGGCAUCAUGGGCGAUCACAGCAGUGAACGCGGUGGAAUUGACGAUGGGCAUGAUUGCAGACCAGCUACCAUCGUACGACAGUGCCUUCAACAUCUCUGUGCAGCAGGUGGUGGACUGCGAGCCGAGCAGCAGCAGCUGCAAGGGCGGGUGGCCCACGUCAGCACUGGACUACAUGGUGGAUGCGAGUAACGACCUGGGAGGGGUGGUGCCGGAGGUGCAAUACCCGUACAAGGGCAAGCAGGCCAAGUGCAACGCAGGGAAGAUCGCCACGUCAUCAACGCCACUGGGCUUGGCGCGCUAUGAGCAGGUGGAUUAUUACGGCUGGAUCGGGCUGCUGCUGGCCGUGCAGGUUCAGCCGGUCAUUGCCUUCGUGCGUGGAAGCUACCCGUCCUUCCAGAAAUACAAAUCGGGUGUCUACGACGAUCCCAAGUGCGCAGCAGCAGGCAUAGUGGACCAUGCAGUGGUGGUGGUGGGGUAUGAGUUCACGGGGUCGGAUGGGGCGGGCAACUGGAUCGUACGCAACUCGUGGGGCACCAAGUGGGGCGAGCAGGGCCAUAUGAGGAUGGCUUUUGCGGGAAGCGUUGGCAUCUGUGGAAUCCAUUCCGUGCCAGCUCUCUACCCCAUCAUUCAGGUGCCGUCCCCCUGUGACUCGCCGCAGAAGCCCUGUGGGGGCGGCGUGUGUGUGCCCGAGGACGGUGGCUACUCCUGUCAGUGUCCGGCGGGCUUUGUCAGUUACACCAACGACGACGGCACCGCGACUUGCGCCCCUCUGGACGCGUGUGGCACGCAGGCGUCCAACCCGUGCCUCACAGGCACAUGCAUCAACGACAACGCGGGCGGCUACUUUUGUCUUUGCCCGCCGGGAUAUGCGAAGGGCAGCCUCACGCUUGGAUGGGAGACCUGCACACCUUCCACCGACCCCCCCACAACGCUCACCUUCCCAGUGGACGUGGACUGCCCGCGCGUCUACCAGCUCUACGGCCUCUCAGAGGACGAUUUUCUCGCUCAGAACUCUGCAUUGUCCUCUCCAUGCGUCACCAUCCCAGCCAACACCGAAAUCAACGUGGCGCCCACAUCCACCUGCAUCAACUGCAGCCUCUUCUACUCCUGGACCAGCGACGACUCGUGCUCGGCUGUAGCGGGGCUCUUUGGGAUCGACGAGACCGAGUUGACUCGCUUGAAUCCGGGUCUAGACUGCUCAGGCAGUGGCUCAUGCCAGGCUCCCUCUCCUGGCCAGCAGGUGGGUUCCCCUCGUCGUCUUUCCCCCUCAUCUUUGCAUGCAACAGGGCAAGGGGCGAUGUCUGAGUCCAUUCUCUUUA